UAUAAAAUCACUUCCGGUUAAACAUAAAAUAUGGCUGAUGUUUUGAGCAAUUUGAGACAGUACAACAUCAACAAAAAAGAAAUAAAAGAAGAAGAUGAUCAGGUCAUAUUUGGAGAACUUGCUUGGCCAAAGACUGUUAAGACGAACUACGUCAUAUAUGGAACGGGUAAAGAUGGAAUUCCCAAAGAGUACUACACACUCGAUUGCAUUCUGUUCCUGUUGAAAAAUGUGCAACUUCAGCAUGCCCUAUACGUCAGAGAAGCUGCGGCUAAAGGCGUACCAGUUGUUCGUCGUCCAGACAGAAAAGAUUUACUGUCCUACCUUAAUGGGGAAACAACUUCUUCAACCAACAUUGACAAAAGUGCUCCUCUUGAAAUCCCCUUACAAAAGCCUCCACAAGCCAAGAGAGGAGCAACAGAUACACAUGAAGGCGACAAAAAGAAACCCAGAUUAGAGGAAAAACAAGUACAAGAAGCAAGGUUGAACUGGAUCAACAAAAUCGAUGCACCAAGGGAAACCGCAGUCCUUCAAGCAGCUUUAGCGUCUUCAUCUCUACCAGAGGCCAUGCCUCUUGAAAAGAUUGCAGCCAUCAAAGCUAAAAGGUUGGCCAAAAAGCGAACAAUGAUCAAAGUGGAUGAAAAUGACAUACAGACGGGGGCGCUGGAGCAGAGGAGCUUCGUCGACGCUGAAGUAGAUGUAACCAGAGACAUCGUCAGCAGAGAGCGGUUAUGGCGAACAAGAACCACAAUUUUACAGAGUCAAGGAAAACAAUUUGCAAAGAACAUCUUUGGAAUUCUACAGUCAAUAAAAGCCCGAGAGGAAGGCACCCAGAAACAUCAUCCAGCUCCCCAUACUCCCUCAGUGGCUCCAGCUAAACCUCCCCAGCCAGUUGCUGGAUACAACAGAUACAACCAAGAGUCUUUCAAAAGCAAAGAAGACACUGGAGAAUUCCAGAUUGAUACCAACAGAUCUUACCACAAGAUGACCCUCAAGUUUGUGACGGAGGGUGGACCCUCACAGAAGAAACGCCCCGAACCUCAAAGACCGCAACCCCAGCCAAUGUCAAGGCCAGUCUCACAGGCCCGGCCGCCACCCAAUCAGAAAAAAGGCUCCAGAACACCUAUUAUUAUCAUCCCAGCAGCAACUACAUCACUUAUCACCAUGUUCAAUGCAAAAGACGUACUUCAAGAUCUAAGAUUUGUGAGCACGGACGAGAAGAAGGCGCAGGGCACCAAACGAGACAAUGAAGUCUUGAUCCAGAGAAGAAAGUCAGGGGGACUAACUGUGCCAUACCGUGUCAUUGAUAAUCCCCUCAAACUCUCUCAAGACGACUGGGAAAGGGUUGUAGCAGUUUUUGUACAGGGUCCAGCGUGGCAGUUUAAAAACUGGCCUUGGAAUGGUAACCCAGUGGAAAUAUUCUCAAAAGUCAAAGCAUUUCAUUUGAAGUGGGCAGAACUGCCUUUAGAAGCCAACGUAUCCAAGUGGGCAGUUACAGUGUUAAAUCUGGACCGCAUGAGGCGCCAUCUUGACAGAGCCACACUCAACAUGUUUUGGGAAGUGUUGGACAAGUACAUGGCAAAAGAGAAGCCUCAUUUGCGAUAUUGAUAAGAGACUGUGGAUGUAUUCUAUUGACUGUAAAUAUCUAGUGAGGAUAACAAAUCCUGCUUGUGCUGUCCCUUUGCAAUAUGUGACUUGAUGACUAAGUGGAAAAACAAGAGACGGAAAAAUAUGUAUAUGGGGGAAGAAACCAUUCUGUCAUAUGCUAUAAUUUUGUACAUACAAAUUGAAAAAUGAAAUAAAAUCAAAAAUGGAAUUGAU